AUGCCAAAAAGAGCAUAUACUGCUGAGGCUUCACCCAAUUUGAAGAAACCUACGCUAUUGAGUAUCUAUGACGCAGCAGCUACGGAAACUUGGGUGAAAUGCGGUGAAUGUGCAAACACACUAGGUAUAAAUGAAACAGCGAUAAAGUCGUUUGAAAAUGCAGUCAGUCACGAUCCUUCAAAUAUACCAGCACUAUGUGGGCUAAGCUUAUCGCUUCGUCUUCAAGAUAUUCAGAAUAACGAAACUUUUGGUUCACAACGGGCAAUAGAACGAUUGAACUCGUCGAUGGAAUCAUUUCCUCACCUAUUAAAAAAUUUCAAUAUCUUUAAAGAACUAAGCGAAUGCUACUUGUUAAUAGGCUUGAAUGACCAAGCCCAUCAAGCUAUUUCCUCGGCUAUACUGUUGUCGCCCACAGAUGCAUCACUAUGGCUAUUGAGUGCCCAAACUUUGAUUAGAGUAGGCGCAAGAGCUCAUGCUGCAGGAUCCUUGGCUCACUGCUUAUCCUUGUUACCUGAUACUGUUGCGAAAUACUCGGCUCAAGAUAUAGAAACAGCCAGGGCCGCGCAUGCUGAACUAGCAGCAAUUGCUGCUGCUGAUGGCAAUAUAGAAACAUCAAUUGCAGAGUUGAGUGCCACUUUAUCCUUACCACCACCACCGUUAUCAAGAAUUGAUGAACAUAUUGCUUUAUGGUGUGCAUUAUCGACAGCAAAGGAAAGAGCUGGAGACAUAAUUGGCGCUAUAAAAACUUGUGAAGAAGCUAAAGUAGCAGUGGGAGAUUCACCAAGAAUACUCAUAACGAACGCAUAUUUGCUACUAUUACUAAAUCCUAAAGAAAAUGCCGAUCACGCUAUACAUAUACUAAAUAAGAUUAUCAAUUUGGAUGAUGAAGCUUUGAUCAACGAGGCCACAGAUUUCCUACCUUGGUAUUUGCUAGGCAGAGCCCAUUCGUUUAUGGGUAGACCAAGAUUAGCUUACAAUUCAUGUCAAGUUGCCCUAAAGUGUGCAUCCAACUCCCCAAUCACCUGGUUGGCAGUAGGUAAAUUAUAUCUUGAACUAAAACAAUUACCAGAUGCCUUAGCUGCUUAUUCACAAGCGCUUAAAUUGCAGUUGGAAGAUGGCUCUCAAGGUACAGCAACUGCAUGGGACGGUUUGAGCUGUGUUUACGAAAGAUGUGACGAUCAUUUGAUGGACGCUUCUGAUGCCUGUAGUAGAGCAGGCGCAUGUUUUAGGGCCAUUGGAGACUUAAAGAAUAGUGAUUAUUUCGAAACUAGGGCAGAUGCCUUAGCUAAAGCUGCUAAAAAGGAAGGACCAAUUCCCGAAUUGAGGCAACCUCCGGAUGUUCCUAGUUUCUUGUUGAGAGAUUUAGUUGCAUUGGAACCAAACGAGAGAAUAGCAUACACACAGACUCAAAGACAACUACAACCACACAUUCCACAACAACCAUCGAUCAAACAAGAAUCUGUGCAACAUUCAGCUCCACUAGGUACACAAUAUACACACUCGCAAACGGUUAACUCAGAAAAUGCCUCAGUAUCAGGACCUCCACCACCUCCUCAUUACCAAGAACAAAUGCAGCAACAGCAGCAACAACAGCAGCAACAACAACAGCAACAGCAGCAACAGCAACAGCAACAGCAGCAGCAGCAACAACAACAACAACAGCAGCAACAACAACAACAACAACAACAACAACAACAGCAGCAGCCUCAGCAACUUCCAAAUCAUUACCAUCCAUCUCCACGACAAAGUGCACCAUUAUCUCAACAAGGGCAGCCUCAAGUACAACAAUCACAACCUCAGAAUACACCGCAACAAAAUUACCGAAGUAUGGCUCCUGCUCAACCUCAAUAUUAUUAUCCACCUGUACAUUCACAACAACAACAACAAUAUUACUAUCCGGUGCUCCCACAACCACCACCACCGCCACAACAGCAACAACAGCCACCCCCUCCUCCUCUUCAUCAUCAGCAACAACAACAACAUCAUCCACCUCCACCACUACCCUUGUCCCAACAGCAAUCACCACAACAAUCUGCACAACAUCCACUCAUGCUAGCUCCGAAUAUUUCAGGCCAACCCGGUGGUCAUUAUCCUAUAGGCGCAGGAAGUAGUUUACCUCCUGCCGGGUAUGGCCAAUAUUUGCCAAUGCCCGGAGCUCCAGUACACAAUGGUCCACUGCAGUAUUCAUCAUCUCCAAGCUGGAGAAAAUAG